AUGGGACGAUUGCAUACUUUAGAGAUAGAAAAUUUCAAGUCUUAUAAAGGCUAUCUAAUUAUUGGGCCUUUCAAGCAAUUUACAGCAAUUAUUGGCCCUAAUGGAUCAGGCAAAUCAAAUUUGAUGGAUGCGAUGUGUUUCGUGCUUGGAGAAAAAUCCAGUAAUCUACGUGUCAAGAAACUUCAUGAUUUGAUUCAUGGUGCACCGGUAGGUAAAGCAGCUGCCAAUCGUUGUCUUGUUACAAUGAAUUAUCAAGACGAUGAUGGGAAAAUGCAUGCUUUUACACGUUUAGUAACUGGAUCAGGUUCAGAAUAUCGUGUUGAUGGCAAGACUGUUACACCACAACAAUAUAGUCAUGCUUUGGAGGAAAUAAAUGUUUUUAUGAAGGCGAAAAAUUUUCUUGUAUAUCAAGGACAAGUGGAGCAGGUUGCCAUGAAAAAUCCUCGAGAAUUAACACAUAUGUUCGAAGAAAUUUCACGGCAGGUUUUUUUGAUUGAGUUGAAAGCUAUAUUAUCCUGUGAAUUCCAAGCGGAUUAUGAUCGUCUAAAGACAGAAUUGACAAAAGCUGAAGAAGAAGCAGCUUUUAAUUUGAAUAAACGACGAGGGAUUGCCAUGGAGAAGCGAGAAGCUAAGCAAGAAAAAGAUGAGGCAGAAAAAUAUCAAAUGUUAAGGGAUGAGCUGGAAUCGAAGCAGCGUCAGAUUUAUCUCCUUCAACUUUUUUAUACCGAAAAAGUGGCUGAGGAAACAGCAGCAGAUUUGAAGCGCAAAAACGAAGUAGUUGAAGAGUUGACGAGUAAAAAAGUGGAAUGUGAUGCAGCAGUUUCAGCUAAGCAGCAUGAACAUAAACGGGCUUUGAAAGAAAUUCAUAAAUUGGAGAACAAGACGUCAGAAAAGGAAAAGGAAGUGAUGACACAGAAACCGCGAUAUGUUGCUGCCAAACAAGGAGUCGUACAUGUUAAAGCAAAACUUGAAAUGGCUAAUAAAGCACAUAGUAACGCUCAACGAGCUGCUGAGACGCAUGAAAAUAAUGUGGUCUUAUUAAAACAACAACUCAAAGAAGUUGAAAAAAAGAAACAAGAGUGUGAAUCAAAACUUGCUGCUGAAUCACAGAAAUUAGAUAUGCAACUGAGCGAUUCACAGGUAAAGGAAUAUUAUGCACUGAAGGGUGAAGCAACAAAGCGUUGCGGAGUUAUGGACAUGGAAUUAAAUAAAUUGCUCCAAGAACAAGAAACGGAAAAAAAUAAUUUACAGUUUGAGCAGAGACGCUUAGCUCAAGCAGUAGAUCGUGUUAAAAAUAAAGAACAGGAAAUUGAGCGUUUGUCGCGGCAAGGAGAACAGCUUUCUGAAAAUAUUAUAUUGCAGUCGAACUUAAUUGAUGACGAAAAGAAAAACCUGGAGAACCUAGAAGUUCAGGUGCGAGAUUCAAAAGAACGUUUAGAGAAAGUAACAACAGAAUUAAAUAACGUUUCGCGACAGUUAUCAGAAGCACACGGUGAUACUGCGGAAUCUGAGCGGAAUAGAAAGCGAAAUGAAGCAAUUGAAAAUUUAAAGCGUAUUUUUCCAGAUCGUGUGUUCGGUCGAUUGGUUGACUUAUGUCAGCCCUCACAUCGACGGUUUCAGAUUGCUGUAACCAAGGUUUUAGCCAAAAACAUGAUGUCCAUCGUUUGUGACACCGAUGAAACAGCUCGUGAAAGUAUUAUUUAUUUAAAAGAGCAACGUCUUGCACCUGAAACAUUUUUGCCUUUAUCAGUUUUAGAUGUUCAUCCGAUAAAAGAAAAAUUACGAGAAUUAGCAGAGCCAAAAGGAGUAAAAUUAGUUUUUGAUGUGAUACAGUGUAAUAAUCAUGUUGCGCGGAAAGCUCUUCAGUUUGCUUGUGGCAAUGCUCUUGUUUGUGAAACACCCGAGGAUGCUAAGUAUCUUGCGUACGGAAGCGCAUCAGAUCGAUACAAAGCUGUAGCUUUGGAUGGAACACUGUUCGAAAGAAGUGGUAUAAUAUCAGGAGGUGGACAAGAAUUAAGACAACGCGCGAAAAAAUGGGAUGAAAAUGCCAUCAGGAAGCUAAAGGAAAAUCGAACUGCAUUGCAAGAUGAACUUCAACAAUUACAUCGUACCCGUAAGAAGGAACUUGAUGUUGAAAUGAAACGAAAUCAGUUGGUUCACUUGGAAAACCGUCUUAAAAAUACUCGAAAUGAGCACUCUAAAAUAUCAAAUCUGACUCUUAGAAAGCUCGAACAAGAUCUCGAAACUCUUAAUAGUGAACUCUCGCUCAUUCAGCCUAGAAUUGAUGAAAUUGAGCAGAGAAUGGCUGAAAGAGUAGUACAAAUUGAAAAAUCGGAGCGUAAACGAAAUGUCGUAACUGACGAAGUGUUCCAUGAGUUUUGUCAGCGCAUAAAUAUUAAAGAUAUUCGUCAGUAUGAACAACGUGAAAUGCGAUUUCAUGAAGAAAUGCAGGAACAGUUAAAGAAGUUCGAUAAUGAGCUAGAUCGUUUGAGGAAUGAAUUAGAUUAUUUAAAAUCUGAAGACAAACGAUUAAGGGAAAAACAAGAAGCAGAGAAGGUAAAACGCUUGACGAAAGAAAUUGAAGAUUUAAAAAAAAAGGAAGAAGGAGAAUAUGCGACACUAAAAAAAUUGGAAGUUGAAUUAGAACAGAUGAAAAUGACGGUUGUUUCUAAAAAAGCAGUUCUAGAAGAUAGUGAUGCUGAAAUAAGCAUACUAAAAAAAGCUGCUCAACUAGCUACUCGUGAGGUAUCGGCUGCAGAGAAAGCAGCUUCAGCAUUAGAACAAAUGAUUUCCAGACGACGUCAUCAGCGCCACUCCUUGCUACACCAGUGCAAAAUGAGUGGCAUUGAACUACCACUGCUGCGCGGGUCUCUUGCUGAGAUUGAAAUCGAUGAUGCUUUGCAGUCAAUUGCCACAAACUCAACGGGCAGUGAGACACAGCAAAGUGAUUCACAGCAACUAAGUCAUGAACAGAUGGAUCGUGAGGCGAGAAUCCAGUUAGAUUAUCGAGCUCUUCCUCGCAAUCUUCAAGAAUUCAAUAAUGAUGAAGAAGUAAAGAAGGCGUUGGAAAAGCUAAACAAGGAAAUGAGUGAAUCUCAAGCCAAAAUAUCACGAAUAAAUGCACCAAAUUUAAAAGCAAGAGAAAGAAUGGAAAUAGUGAAGGAGAAGGAAGCAGAAACAACAGAAGAAUGUGAGUUGGCUCGUAAAAAGGCUCGUAAAAUUCGUUUGUUAUUUGAGAAAGUCAAAGCAGAUCGUUAUAAUCGAUUUCAUGAGAUCUUCGAACCAGUUGCACAAAAAAUUGAUGACAUAUACAAAAGACUCAGUCGCAAUGAAAGUGCGCAGGCAUUUCUUGGUGAAGAAAAUAUGGAAGAACCAUAUCUUGAAGGCAUUGCAUAUAAUUGUGUUGCACCAGGAAAGCGUUUCAGACCGAUGGAUAAUUUAAGUGGUGGGGAAAAAACUGUUGCAGCGUUGGCAUUAUUAUUCGCUGUCCAUGCUCGUAGUCCGUCACCAUUUUUCAUCCUAGAUGAAGUUGACGCCGCACUAGAUAAUACAAAUAUAGGAAAGGUGGCUAAUUUCAUUUGUGAACGGGCGCGUCUUGAUAUGCAGCUGAUUGUUAUAUCGUUAAAAGAAGAAUUUUAUAAUAAGGCUGAUGCUAUCAUUGGUAUUUAUCCUCACCCAUCUAAUCAUACUGUAUCAGGAAUCCUGACACUUGACUUAACUCCUUACAAGCAACUACAGUCGGAUAAUUUUCAAGAUAUAUUUAAAGCAGCUCAAGAGAACCACUGA